UUUGAAUAGAGACAGAAGCUGAGAGGGAAGGAGGAGAAAAGGGAUGGAGAGAAACAGAGAGACCCCUGUAGCCCUGCUUCACCACUUGGGAAGCCUCCCACCUCCACCCCCAGCAGGUGGAAAGUGGGGUUUGAACCCAGGUCCUUGUGCAUUCCAGCCUGUUUGCUCCACCCACCAGGACCGACCACCGCGCACCAGCCAUGGACAGCUCCUAUCUCGCACAACCGCCUCCGGGGAUGGGCAAGACACGGAGGCUGGCGUCCACUGUCCAGUGGCUUCUGUCAGCGGCUCUUCUCUUGUAUCCAAUGAAUGAAGUGAAUGGUCAGAAAAAGGGGACUCCUCGUGAUCUGAAGUGCAUGACCAGCAACCUGCAAGUGUGGGACUGUUCUUGGAAAGCCCCUGCCACAGGUCAAGGGAUGUCUUAUGAAGUCUGCAUUGACCGCAGGUCCCAUUCUUGCUAUAAAUCGGAGAGAACAAGCAUUAAAAUCCAGUCUCUCUCACCAGGAGAUCACGAGAUGACGAUAAGGCCUUUGCGUGGUUCUUCAAAUUCUACAAGUAAAUUCAUACUGAGUGAGAGGAAUGUCUCCUUGAUUCCAUUUACUCCGGAGAUCUCGAAUCUGUCUGCCGACUUUGCCACUUCCACACUGCACAUCCAGUGGAAUGACAGGGGCUCUGCUUUUCUGUACCAAGCAGAAGUCAUCUGGGAGAUUAAAGUUCUACGCAAAGAGAGCAUGGAAGUCGUGAAAUUAACGACUUACAACAGCUCUCUGAGUGGCAAAGACGUGGACCAUCACUGGGGCUGGACCUCAGACAUGCCCCUGGAGUGCGCCGUGCAUUACGUGGCCAUCAGGUGCUUCAUCGAUGACCCUCGAUUCUCUGGCCGCAAAGCGUGGAGUGACUGGAGCCGGCUGAAGAGCGUGUCUUGGUCUCCAGAUUCUCCUAACAAGGUUUUUCCUCAAGAUAAAGUGGUACUUGUGGGAACAGACAUAACAUUUUGUUGCGUGACUCAAGUAAAAAUACUGACCGCACAGAUUGGACAAACAAGUUACCCCCUUAUUCCUCUCGAUGGGAGGAAUGUUGCCAUCAAGAUCCAUAGUAUCUCUGCUUCUGCAAACAGUGGGACAAAUGUGGUCUUCUCAACAUAUGAUAAUAUAUUUGGAACAGUUAUUUUUGCAGGAUAUCCGCCUGACAGUCCCCAAGACCUACUCUGUGAAACAUAUGAUUUAAAAGAGAUCAUAUGUACUUGGAGCCCCGGAAGACCGACCGCCCUGGUGGGCCCACGCAGUACAACUUACACUCUAUUUGAAAGUUUUUCAGGAAGGCAUGUUAGAGUCAAACGUGGUGACGUUUCCAGCAAUGAAAGCUAUCAGCUGUUCUUUCAAAUGCUCCCAAAUCAAGAGACGUAUAAUUUCACUCUGAAUGCUCACAAUCCUUUGGGUCGCUCAGAAUCAGCAGUUCUAGUCAAUGUAACUGAGAAAGUCCAUCCUCACACUCCUGCUUCAGUCAAAGUGAAGGAUAUCAAUUCAACAGCCGUCCUGCUUUCCUGGCAUUUACCUGGAAACUUUGCCAAGAUUAAGCUCAUAUGUCAAACUGAAAUUAAACAUAAUUCUGAACAAGAAUUGCGAAACCUCACAGUCAAAGGAGUAGAAAAUUCAAAUUACCUCAUGAUUGUGAACAAACUCAAUCCGUAUACGGCCUACACACUCCGGGUUCGAUGUUCCGCUCAGACUUUCUGGAAAUGGAGUGCCUGGAGCAGCGAGAAACGGCACGUGACCAUAGAAGCCGUUCCUUCCAAAGGACCAGACACUUGGAGAGAGUGGAGUUCUGAUGGGAAGAAAAUAAUCGUCUAUUGGAAGCCGCUGUCCGUUAGUGACGCCAACGGGGCAAUCCUGGCCUACGACGUCUCUUACUCCUCGGAGGAGGAAACGCGGACCCUUCCCGAGAUCCCCCCUCCUCAGCACAGGGCAGAAAUCUGGCCCAGUCACAAAGACUGUGUCAUCGACGUGGCGGCAAGAAACUCUGCCGGCUCCUCGCCGCCUUCCAGGAUAGCCGGGAUGCAGAUCCCAAACGAUGACCUCAAAAUAGAGCAGACGGUUGGAGGGGGAAAUGGGAUCCUCCUGACUUGGAAUCACGACCCCAACAUGACAUGUGACUAUGUGGUUAAGUGGUGCAACUCGACUCGGCCUGAGCCCUGCCUGAUGGACUGGAGGAAGGUCCCAUCAAACAGUACUGAGACUGUAAUCAGAUCUGAUCAGUUUCGUCCAGGCGUGAGAUAUAACUUUUUCCUCUAUGGGUGUAAAAGUCAAGGUUAUCAAUUAUUGCGCUCUAUAGUCGGAUAUAUAGAAGAAUUGGCACCAAAUGUUGCACCAAAUUUUACUGUUGAAGAUACCUCUGCAGACUCCAUAUUGGUGAGAUGGGAAGAUAUCCCUGUGGAAGAGCUUAGAGGAUUUUUAAAAGGAUACUUAUUUUACUUUGAAAAAGGAGAAAGGGACACAUCUAAGAUGAGGGGAUUGGAACCUGGUCGUUCUGAUGUCAAGAUUAAGAAUAUCACAGAUGUAUCUCAGAAGACACUGAGAAUUGCAGAUCUGCAGGGGAAAACGAGUUACCACCUGGUCUUGCGAGCCUACACGGGUGGUGGGAUGGGCCCGGAGAAGAGCAUGUUUGUGGUGACAAAGGAGAACUCUGUGGGGUUGAUUAUUGCCAUUCUCAUCCCAGUGGCAGUGGCCGUCAUUGUCGGCGUGGUGACCAGCAUCCUUUGCUAUCGGAAGCGAGAAUGGAUCAAAGAAACCUUCUACCCUGACAUCCCAAACCCAGAGAAUUGUAAAGCACUGCAGUUCCAAAAGAGUGCUUGUGAGGGGAGCAGCGCCCUUAAAACCCUGGAGAUGAACCCCUGCACCCCAAACACUGUGGAGGUCCUGGAAGCCGGCCCGACCGUCCCCAAAACGGAAGACACGGAGCUCGCCUCCCCGGUGGCCGAGCGGCCGGAGAGCGGCCCCGGGGAUGGGGACGCAGACAAGCAGGUGCCGGUGUCCUACUGCCCGCCGCUCGUGGAGGAGGCCGGGCCGGCGGGCCAGGUGGUCUACAUGGACGUGCAGUCCGGGUACCAGCCGCAGGCCCGGCCCGACGGGGGGCAGGAUGGGGGGCAGGACGGGGGGCCCGCGCGGUGCACAGGUUACAAGCCGCAGCUGCAGCUGCCCGGGAGCCGCGGGGGUGCCGGGGGCUACAGGCCUCAGGCCGACGCCGGCACCUGGACCCCGCUGGCCCCGCUGGCCCCGCUGGCCCCGCUGUCCCCGGACAGCAGCAGCGACGUGGGCUCCUUCGGGAGCCCCUGCUCCGUCGACUCCCGCCAGUUCCUCAUCCCCCCGAGGAACGAAGAGUCGCCCAAGUGGAGCGGAGGGGGCUGGUCCUUCAGCAACUUCUUCCAGAACAAACCCAACGACUAGCGGCGUCUGCCACCCAGGUCGCCCGCCCGCUGUCUCUAUAAGUGGCCCGACUGGUGGCACCGGGCCUCGUGGAGGUUGUCUGGGACUCUGGGAUGGGACGGAGCCCCAAGUACUGAUGUGCAGUCCCGGCCUCGACGCCCCGGCCCGAACCCUGUGCUUCUAGAAGGAGGCCUCGCCCGGCGCAGGCUGCCUGGCUCCCUCCCCAGGGGCAGAUCCCGUGCCGAUGCCGAUGCCGAUGCCGACGCGGAUGCUUUGCUCCCCGAGGGAGACCAGUCUGGGAGCAGCGCCCGUGCUCUCGUGGGCAAGGGAGGGACACGUCCCAGUGCGCGGGCCUCCGUCCAUCCGUCUGUCCGUCCGCCUGGCAUCCUUCGCCUGGAGGAAGAGCCAGCGCCGGUUUCAGAUGCCGAGGCGUUCUCACUCCUCCGCCCACAGGACCCCAGAGCCCCCGGCCUGUGGACGUGGCAUCAGCUCUGGGGCUUCGUCUGGCACGAGCGUGCCGCCUCCCUCCCUCCCUCCCUCCCUCCCUCCCUCCCUCGUGCCCACGGCGUGGAGCCCGCUGCCACUGGCCGGCCUGGUCGGAGCCCUGGCGUCCUGCAGGCUCUCCGGCUUCACCUUCGCGGCAGCUUUCUCUUCAGUGCGUCUGGCUGCCUUGUGAGCUUAAACUUCGGUUUCUCGGCAUAUAGGCCCGAAUGUCCCUUUUGUUUUGUUUCUGGCCUUCUUGUGUGUCUGUGUGACACAACGUCGCUUCUGUGUUUUUUGUUUCUGUUUUUUGAAGUGCUAUCUCCUUGUUAUUUUUAUUUGCAUCUGUCUGACGGUCAGUGACUUGGAGCAUUUUUUUUAAUAUGUCUGUCGGUCUUUCGGAUCUCUUCUUUAGUGACUAGUCUGUCCAUAUCCUCUCCCCAUUUUUUAUUGGGGUCAUUUUUUGGUUGUUGUUGCUGUAGUUCACAGUGUCAGCUCAUAAAUAUAGGAACAUAUUUGAUAUUA